GGGUGACUUCCCAGUUGUGAGCCACCUGACAUCAUGCGAUGCAUGUGCAUACUAGCAGGCGGGGACAUGGAGCUUCGGAAAGCUCUCAAAACAAAGGCAUCUCCCCAAACAAUCGCUUGCCCUAUCUACUAUUUCCUUUGCUGGAUUUCAGAGACUAAGUAAACAUAUCUCGUCAAAAUACCUAGUAUGUCGGCAUCAGCACUCCUGAAAAGUCGUGUCAGACGACCCAGCUAUCUUAACAAGAUUGCUAAAGCCGAGGAUUUGAUGCACCAUUUCCCCAAUGGUAGUUACGUCGGCUGGUCUGGGUUUACUGGUGUCGGUUAUCCGAAAAAGGUACCCACAGCCAUGGCUGAUCAUGUCGAAAAGAACGGCCUCCAAGGCCAACUCAAGUACAACCUUUUUGUUGGCGCCUCCUCUGGUGCUGAAACAGAAAAUCGAUGGGCUAAACUCAACAUGAUUGAGCGACGUGCUCCUCACCAGGUCGGCAAGGAGAUUGCGAAAGGCAUCAACAAUGGCAACAUCAAGUUCUUCGACAAGCACUUGAGCAUGUUCCCUGUGGACUUGAUGUACGGAUUUUACACGAGGGAAAAGGCCAACAACCGCCUGGAUGUUGCUAUUGUGGAAGCCAGUGCCAUAACCGAAGACGGCGGAAUUAUUCCUGGUGCUUCGGUCGGUGCCUCUCCCGAGAUCAUACAGAUGGCAGAUAAGAUCAUCAUCGAGGUCAAUACUGCGGCUCCCUCAUUCGAAGGUCUUCACGAUAUCACCAUGACAGAUCUUCCGCCUCGUCGAAAGCCAUAUUUGAUCAUGGCUCCUGAGGACCGCAUUGGCACUCCUCACAUCCCUAUCGACCCUGAGCGUGUUGUUGCAAUUAUCGAAUCAGACUAUCCUGAUCAGACCCAGCCUAACGCGCCCGAAGACGAUACCAGCAGAGCCAUUGCCAGCAAUCUCAUUGAGUUCCUAAAGUACGAAGUUAGCAAGGGACGCUUGCCCGAGAACCUUCUACCUCUUCAGUCGGGUAUCGGUAACAUCGCCAACGCCGUUAUUGGCGGACUCGCCUCUGGAGGUGCCAACUUCAAGAACCUCAAGGUCUGGACCGAAGUCCUUCAAGACUCUUUCCUUGACCUUUUUGACUCGGGCAAUCUUGACUUUGCCACAGCGACAUCCAUUCGCUUCUCGCCCGACGGUUUCAAGCGCUUCUACGAUAAUUGGGAGAAUUACUAUCCCAAACUUCUUCUCCGUAGCCAGGCAGUUUCCAACUCACCUGAAGUUAUUCGUCGUCUUGGUGUCAUCGGAAUGAACACUCCUGUGGAGGUCGACAUCUAUGCCCACGCCAACAGCACAUGUGUCUUGGGCUCGCGCAUGCUCAACGGUCUUGGUGGAAGUGCCGACUUCUUGAGAUCAGCAAAAUACUCGAUCAUGCACACCCCUUCCACCCGUCCAAGCAAGACUGAUCCUACUGGUGUUUCUUGCAUUGUUCCCAUGUGUACCCAUGUCGACCAGACCGAACAUGAUCUCGAUGUUGUCGUCACCGAGCAAGGUUUCGCCGAUGUUCGUGGCCUGUCUCCUCGCGAGCGAGCUCGUGUCAUCAUCAAGAAAUGUGCUCACCCAGACUACGUGCCUAUACUUGAGGAUUACUUUAACAAAGCCGAGUUCGAGUGUUUGCGUAAGGGUAUGGGCCAUGAGCCACACAUGCUCUUCAACUCAUUCGACAUGCACAAGCAUCUUGUAGAUCACGGGACCAUGAAACUUGACAAGUGGGACUGGUAUGGUUAAAUGUGUAACUGGAUGUAGUCGUUCUCUGUUGUAGACUUCUGUUCAAACCAUUAACAUGAUAGAUACCAAAUGUGCUUACAUU